GAUGAUGUCGAUGACGUUCGAUACUGGUAAGUCGGAUACGAGCCUAUGAAAAUUUGCUUACUUAAAUUGCAAUCUAACGAAUUUUGUUUGGGAAUAAUCUCCUCAUAUUUCAUUCUUCAAUCCCAAAGGAUGCACUGUUUGCGGCGUGGUGCAACCUAUGGUCCACCGCAAAGAAAUGACGACGAGCUGAUCCGAGAAGGAAGCAAAGAACCUCCAAAUGUCUUCGAAAAAUUUCUGAACGGCAUAACAGAUGGACCAAUCAAAAACGUGCUCGAUAGUAAUUGCAUCUUUCUGAACCCAUCGAAAAGAAGCGAGCAAGAAAUUGUCGACGCGAUUCUGGAUGCCCUUAUUUUYGAUAAACACGACAGAGAGAUAAUGCGCCGUGAUCCUCUCGUAAGGCUGCUAAUUCCAAAUCUCGACGGCAAUUAUGAUUUUACAGUUGUCACGGCGAUGGGUGUUAUCACCGAGGGUAAAGCUGGAACCGAGCUACAGAAUGCGUUACGGAGACUCGAGGAAAAGCGCGGUGUCAAAUUUAUUCGUGCAGAUACAGCAACAGCCCGUUCUUUUGAAUACAAUGCCGAGAGAAUUAUCGAAGCCAUAGAGGCAACAAAAGAGUACAAUGUUCCUUUUGGGUUAAUAGGCUACUCACAGGGCUGUGCAAAUUCGUUAAUGGCUGAAUCUAUUCUUUAUUCUGGCACACCCGAGCAGCAGGAGUAUAUAAAGCGAAAUCUUGCUUGCCGACAGCUACUCUUUUCGGCUGCGAAUGGAUCUGCGCAUGGAUCAUCUACAGACAAGAAGGCUUCGCGGCUGAUUCUAAUGGUCGAGGAAUUUGCGAAGUACCAACAGGGCUAUUUUAGUCGAGCAUUGCAAACUGCCUUCUUAGAAACUGUUACAUCCAUGUUAGAUAGCUCUCAAUUUCACAAAAGUAUGGGCGGAGCACAAGGGUUUUUGCAUGACGGUUGUCGUGCAUUCUGGCGAGAAGCCCAGCAUCUACCUAAUGUAAGUUUUCGACGAACUCAAGAGGGGAUUACUCUUUGUAUUGUAUGCAUUCAUCUCACCAGGAACAAAUUUUCUGAUAUUUUAAGGUCCCAACGUGCACAUUGAGAGGAAUUCUGGAGGAACACACAACUCCCGAAGCACUAGAGAUGCUGUCGCAAAUGCUAACAAAGCAAAGUGGUUCUGCCCUGCAUGACUCACAAGUACACGCAUCUGAUGCAGUAGGYUAUCCUGUUUAUCAUCGCAAUCGAAAUGGAAGAAUCCUUGAAAAAUGCGAGAUCGGUGCUGGAGCGAUUCAAAGGUAAAACACAGCUUCGUAUUUUUUAAAUGACAUCGUUUGUAUUGCAGUAGAAAAAUCUCACGUCAUCUCUUUCAUUKUCGGUUCAAUCGAAAGAACCCAUCACUGGUCACCCUUGAAGGAAGAAGUUGAAUUCAUUCGGACAUCSAGAGAUCACGWUAUUGCUUCUUUUGACUGUGCGAAAGACCGUCACAUCUUUCCAUGGGUGGAUGUUAAUGCUCGAUUUGGUUUCAUUAAAUAUAGUAGAAAUCCUGCAUCAGGCCAUCCGUGUGGUAAUGGUGACGGUGAGGAAUAAGUUUAGGUUGAAUGUAACAACAGGUACAAAAUUCGAUGAAAUAUUUUCACCCAUAGCUAAUCGUACACAUUUCCAACACUAUGAUUAUUGGAGCAUUGUUGAAGCCUUUAGUAUGCAUGUGUAUCUUGUGUCUCAGAUGUCUGUACUGGUUUGCUCGAAACACUUGUAAAGGGAUGUUGAAAGUUGCUGAGGCAUCCGACCAAUAGUUCUAGACCGAAUAGARUUUAGUACCGAUUUGUCUGGUACAGGGAAGAUAUUCAUAAAUUAAAAAUAUGUAC